UGGUCUGAAAACAUCCUCCAAUACUCUUCAACCCUCACACUUCAUUAUUAGGAGAAGGAACUGGUAGAAGUCAACAACAAUAUUUUUCCUUUUCAAGAUAUCGUUAAUUAAGAUGGAUACAUACAAAAAAGCAGAUGAAUGAUACGUAGCGGGAGAGAGAGCGGGUAUUGUUCGAGAUGAAAAUUGUCUAAGGAAGAAAAUGCCGAAAAUGAAGGCAAUGAAGAAAAUGUAGAAAAUGUCCGUACUCCAGGUGUCUGAUACCAGAAAGUCAAAAUCUGAAAGAUGAUUCCCAUGGCCUCUAAAUUUGUAGGAAUGCUAGGACUAGGAUUAAUACUCCUGGUUGGUCUGAGUACAGGAGAUAUCCCUGUCUGUACUCCUGAUGCUAUGGGAGAAAAUCCGUUCUGCUUUCCACCGGACUAUAAUAAGGAUUUGAUUCCCCCGACGGAUACCUCGCUCCAGGUGCAUGUGGAGACCUAUAUAUUCGAAGUAUCGAAGAUUGAUGAUAUCAGUUUAACCAUCACCUUCGAGCUCUACAUGGAUCUCAUGUGGGAGGAGUCCAGGAUUAUCAUUAACGAUACAUCUCCGGACUGGGGACCCGCUGGCACAUUUAUGGGUUCUACUAAUUUUGUCUCUUCUAUGUGGUUGCCAGACAUACAGAUCUAUAUGUGCAAACAGUUUAAGAAGAGACAGAUUGUUACAGAUGUUGCAGGCCUCAUCAUUUUUAAAAACAGAAAGGUACUGUACACGGUAUCAACUGAGGUUAUACUGGCCUGUCCUAUGAAGUUUAGCGCCUACCCUCUGGACCAUCAGACCUGCAAGUUUCUGGUUGGAAGUUAUAUACAUGAUGAUACUCAAAUAUAUUUUACAGGUUAG